AUGUGGGUGCGCUUUGAUCUCCUACUUGCUCAACCCAUCCCCAGAGCUAUUUUUGAGCCGUUGUUCCGGGGUCGUCGUGUUCGAGUCGGGGUUGCUCUCGUCCUACUUUGGUUCACUACUGCCGGCUCCUUGGCUACUGCUCGCUAUUUGGUCGAGUUGAUAGGUCUUACUUCCGCUUGUGGUUUAGCUAUUUCGGGUUUGGUGUUUGGUUGGUCUACUUGUUUGUUUAUAUGGGUGAGCCUUGAUCUCCUACUUGAGUGCUCGAGUACUUUUGGUCCGGUUGCUCUUCGUGGGUUGCUCUCGUCCCGCUUUGUUUCACCGCUCGCCGACUCCUUAGCUAUCGUUCAUCGUUUGGUCGAGUUGAUUGGUCUUGCUUUUGCUCGUGGUUUAGCUACUUCGGGUUUGGUUGUAGUGCUCAAGUACUUAUAUUCGGUUGCUCUGUUUGGUCCUUCGGGUUCGGGUCCACUUGGGUUGUGGUCGCUCGACCCGUCCCCCGGCCGUUUUGAGCUUGAUGUUCCGGGGUCGUGUUCGGUAAGGGGUUGCACAUUUGUUUGGGCUCGUCCCGUCCCGCUUUGGUUCACUGCUCGCCGGCUCCUCGGCUACUCGCCGUUGUUUGGUUGCGGGUUUACUUGUUUGUUUGUAUGGGCUCGGCCUCUAGUUUGGUUAGGGUGGUCUCCUCCUGUUCGUGCCUUAUUUAUUGGUGGCCCUAGUCUCCCCUUCCGAUCCAUGCAAGUGCUCCCUUCGCUUCGUUUCGCACUGUGCAGCCGCUUCGUGCGCUCCUUUGUUUUGGCCUACUCAUGGCUUAGGCGAGCCCUCCAGCCUUAUAGCCUCUUCGCUUGCCUUGACAAUGCCGCUUCGCGCGGUCCCUCACUUCGCUAA